AUGGGACCUGCUGGACCUCCUGGACCUCCCGGACCCCCUGGACCCCCCGGACAAGCCGGUGGUGGAUUCGACUUUGUUCAGCAGCCUCUUCAGGAGAAGGCCCAUGAUCCUCUCCGUGCCGGAUACCGUGCUGAUGACCCCAAAGCCAUCGCUGAUCGUGACACCGAUGUGGACACCACACUCAAGACCCUCACCCAGAAGGUCGAGAACAUCCGCAGCCCAGACGGCUCCCAGAAGAGCCCCGCCCGCAUGUGCCGUGACCUGAGAAUGUGCCACCCUGAGUGGAAGAGCGGCUCAUACUGGGUGGACCCCAACCAGGGCUCCUCUCUUGAUGCUAUCAAGGUUCACUGCAACAUGGAGACUGGAGAGACCUGCAUCUACCCCACCCAGGCCAGCAUCCCCAUGAAGAACUGGUACAUCAGCCCAAGCAGCAAGAAGCACGUCUGGUUCAGCGAGUCCAUGAGCGGUGGAUUCCAGUUCCAGUACGGCAGUGAGGGCUCCGACAGCGAGGACGUGAACAUCCAGAUGACCUUCAUGCGCCUGAUGUCCAAUCAGGCGUCUCAGAACCUCACGUACCACUGCAAGAACAGCAUCGCCUACACGGACGCCUCCACCGGCAACAGGAAGAAGGCUCUGCUGCUCCAGGGCUCCAACGACGUGGAGAUCAGAGCCGAGGGCAACAGCCGCUUCACCUACAGCGUCAGCGAAGACGGCUGCACGCAACACACUGGCACAUGGGGCAAGACAGUCAUGGACUACAAGACAACAAAGACGUCCCGCCUGCCCAUCAUUGACAUUGCUCCUAUGGAUGUUGGUGCUCCCGAUCAGGAAUUUGGCGUUGAAGUCGGCCCUGUCUGCUUCUUGUAA